AUGAAAAAUGUGCCAAAUGGACUCCCCUCUUCCCUCAAGAAAGAGUUGGAGAUGAGAAAGAAGGAUGACUUCAUCCUACAAGAUAAUUCCAGUCAGUCAUUACACAAAUACAAAGAAAAUGAAGAUAUUCAAUGGGAACUUGAUAACUCCAAUGAAGAGGUUGACCUCAGCUUAAGUAAAGAUGCUGAUAACAGUAACGAUGUAUCCGGGUAUGAACACCAGGAUACUAGUAAUCAAUCCUCGCAUAAUUUAUUCAAUAAUUCUCGAUCUUUCUCCAGGACUGGAAUGGAUUACAGGACUUGGCUCCAGCAAAGGAAAAAGCAAGAUCAAGAAGAUAUUUCUGAAGAUGCCCUUGGCUCUAAAUUUGAACUAACAAGGAAAACUAAUUCAACUAUUUUAGAAGAAAGUUCUAAAGCUGAAGAUGAUGAUUCGGUUAUUGAAAAGCCUACUCACCGUCAAAAGAAAAGCAAUACAAUAAAUCCUAUGCUUCUCUUGACUACAAGUGAUCAAACUUCUGUAAGAAAUCCUUCUUCAAGGGAUCUUGCAAAAGAGAAGGAUUCUAGCUCCCAUAUUGACCAAACUCAAAAUAGCUUUGGGAAAAAAUACCUUAAUAUGUCUUCAUUCAGGUCUUCUAAUGCAAGCGGAAUCCAAAGUGCAUAUCUAGCUCAGAAUAGCAAAUAUAAUAGUGACCAAACUUAUCAGAGUAAUAGCCAAGCUAUAAGUUAUCAAAAUGGAACUCAUUCUUCUGGGAUUAGCCAAGAGGAUGCCCCAUCUCAGACCUCAAAUAUAAAUGGAAAGCUUAAGAACACAAUACAUUGACAUUACAACAUUGGGAAUAUGAGUGAUCACUCUACUUCUGAUAUGGUCAUGCAUACAUCAAGUGAUGCUAGACCAGAGCACACACGAAGCGGAGAAAGUUUAAUGAAUAUCCAUACACAAAGUUUUGGAGCUACUGAUAAUAAUGAAGAAAUUAACACUUUGCAAGCUAUUAAGCAAACUACUUUCGGAAGAAUCAACCAUGAUUCACAAGAGUUUUCGAACAUUAGCAAUAGUUUUGUGCCUUAUGGAAUGCAAACUAACGAUCAAUAUUCAACCCUCCAAGGAAAUAACUUCCAAUAUGCAGACAAUAGUCAGAACUUCUACAGUGAAACUUCAAGAUUUUCAAACCCGAAUCAAUCAAAUUACUCAUCACAAAUCUCUCACCUAAGCGGGCCGUAUUCUUUAGAGGAUAAUGAGUCACAACUUCUUCAAAAUAAUCAGGAAAAUUACAACUCAAUGAACAUGAGUCCUCAGUAUCAGCCCUUCAACCAGAGAUUUAUUGUUAAAGAGCAGAUAAGAAUGAGAGAGCCUGCCAUUCAAAGCAAGAAAUUUGAUUACCAGCCGCCUCAGCUACCUCCAAACCCAGGAGAGAGUUUCAAAAUGACUUAUUACAACCAGAGUAAGAACAUUACCACUAAGAUGAGAGAACGCGUAAUGAAAAUGAUUGAAGAGAAGAAUGCUAACACAGAGCCUGAGCUUAGCAGCAGGAAUAGCUGCUUUAAACCCCCUGUUAAAGGAAAGAGCCGAAAUUUGAUGAAACAGCCCUCAUUAUUCUCAUUCUCUAACACAAGUUGUGAGGUAGCGAAUAAUAGUAAAGAAAAUGUCUCAAAGAAGCCAAAGCAGAAGAAAACAGAUCGGGUAUUCCAGUCUUUCUCUUAUAAGAAAAGGGAGCCGAAAUAUUCAGAAAUGGUGAAGAAUUAUGGAACUCAGAGAUCAAAAGUAGGUAAUUUCAAAAACUCAGGAGGAUCCGUAAAGCGUUCUAAAGGAGUAAAUAUCAGUCUGAAUAACUCAAUGGCCAGAUCAGAGAGAAGUUCAAAUACUAAAAGACCGAAAUCUGAAUCUAAGAACAAACCGAAAUUUAAAGAACUUGGAAUUCUCAAGCGGAAUCAAGAUUGGCUUGCUUGUAAAGAAAGAAAAUUAACUGCUGAAAGAGCGAAGAAGAAGGCUCAUGAAACUGAUGGAUGCACUUUUGAGCCAAAGAUUAAUAAAUACAAAAGCAAGAAUAAUCUUAAGCUUAGCUCAAGGACUAGUACAAGUGUUGGGGCUAAAACUAACAGAUCGUAUUCGGAGAUUCAUAGGAACAAGUAUAGCAAAGCAGGUUCCAUGAAUACCUCAAUGAGAAGUGAAACAUGUAAGUCUACCACAAGAGAAGAGGUCAAAAUGCUUGAUCUUUCUUUGAGAGAUUACCGGGAGGAAAAAUUUGAUCCAAAGUUUAACACUGUAUCUCUUGAACCAAUUCUUCCUGAUGCUAAUCUAAAUACUUUAGAAAAUAGCUGAAUUGAACCAAAGACACAGACCUAUGACUCAUCAUAUGAGUCUCUCAUUCUUAACAAGUCAUAUACUCAUCAGAAAAAGGAAAAGAAGAUGAAUACACCAGCAAUACCAAAGCUCCCACCAAGGUUCAUCAAGAAGAAGCUAGAUCCUAAAAGAAAGAACAAAGUAAUCAAUCUUGGGCAUCUACAAAAGCAACUAAGUGAGAGAUCUUUAAGUCGAGAUUCUAAAAAUGGCCAAAAAGAGCCAAUUAGGCAAGAAUACAUGAGCCAAUCUCAAGAACAAACAGGAUUUAAAUCUUUUAAUAAUGGUGAACAGGCCACAAUAUUUGAGCAAGAAAGGAAAUCUCCCUCCUUCGCACCUGAUAUUGAUGCUCAAGGGAAUUAUGAGCAUAAUCCUCAUCUUGAAGCAAGCUAUACAUCAGUCAGUCAGAUGACUACAGAAAGUGCUAUUGUCAAUAGGCUCCAAGAAGAAAUACUCAAUAGUAACGCUAGGACUUCUAGGAGAGGUCGCUAUAUCACCAGGAAGGAAAGGCUUAACAACCGUCUUGUUGACAUCAGCAAUACCUCUACAGAAUAUGACCUUGAUCAGUACAAACAUAGGCUUGAAGAAUCCAAAAAGAUGGUUGAAAGAUUAAGGACUAAAAAUACUUGAUAAUCUUCAUAGAAGAACUUGUUUCA